AUGGCAUCUUCAAAUUAUUCCUGCAGCGAGGGAAAGCGCCUGGCUGCGAAGCUGUUGCCAGAUGCAGCUGUCGAGCUACUGAUCGAAGCUGCUUUGCUGUGCCCUGACAACCUCUGCGUCAUCCAACUGCAUGAGAUGGCGAUGCCACCUGUGGACACAGGGAUCCAGUGGGGGUCCAUGGCGCACAAAUGGGAUUUCACCGAUUUGACCCCUGGAAAGGUUAUGCUCCCAGUGGUGGGAGAGCAGCAUGAGAAGCUUCCCACCAUCGUCCAUUGGUUCGAAGAUAUUGACCCCCCUAAGGUGAACGAGAGGAUGUAUACAGAUCCCCAGCGUCAGAGAUCUUUGAGUGGCCGGGGUGGCUACCAGUUUCGGUGGUAUUCAGCCCUGUGGUACGGAUGGAUGAGCUCAGCUCCUGCGGUGCCCGGCUUGGACAAGUGCGACGUGAUCCGACCAGCAGAUGCUGGGUCCCUGCUUCCGAGGGUGGAGGCAGUGGAGGCCUUGGCAGAGAAUGGGCCCUGGCAAGGCGGUCGGGAGCUUUCGCUGAGUCGGCCCGUACGCGCCAGCGCAGACAUGGAGCGAGCGGCCCAUGUGGUGGACGGCACUGAUUCUGAAUGGUUCCCCACAGAAACUGAAGCGCAGUGGCUGGAGAUCGAUUUGGAGAAGGUGUGUCAAGUCGAUGCUGUGAGGAUCAAAUGGUGGGGCGACUAUGGAAAGAAAAGCAGCCUCAAGGUUCUCUCACUGCUCUGUGCUGAAGGGUCCAGCUUUGACUACGGCCAGGCUGGAAUGCAACUGGCGAUGUGCAACUAUGUGCAACUCCUCAUUGGCCAAAGCUUCCAGCAGCGCGGCCUGCGAACGCGGGAGGCCGACUUCAACGGCUGGACCGAGCUGCCGGGAUGGGAGGAACCCACCAGAGUCGUGCGGCUGGAACUGGGAAAUCCGUGUCCCGAUUGUUUCGGUUUGAAGAAGAGUUAUGGCAUUCGACGGGUCGAAGUGCUUGGUCACUACAUCGAGGGAGCACUGGCCGGGGCCUUGAGCCAGGGCUUGAGCGAUGGCAUCCCUGACCCGUCCAAGAUUUUCGAUGUGGCGCCCGUGGACGCUGCGUGCGAAAAGGUCAUGGUGAAGAUCAACUUGGAAGGUCGACACCUUUCGCUGCCCAAAUCGGUGGUCAAGCGUGGUGUGGAGACCUGGAAUUCCCAGGCUGCCGUGCAGGGCAUCUUGCAAAUUCUGGACAGCGCCUGCCAGGCAAAAACCGUCAGCGAGGCCUUAGAUGAAGUCAGGGGCUUCACAAGUCUGGGACAUAUGAUCUGGGCCUAUGCCUAUCUGCGCAUGCUCUACCACAAGGACUCCAGCCUCUUCUACCGCACAGUGCUGGCCGAGCCAUCCUUUCUGAUGCCUAUUGUCUACACCCCAACCGUUGGAGAGGCUUGCCAGAAGUUUGGCCAGCUGCCACUGCUGCCGCGUGGCUGUUACGUGUCGCUCGCCGACAGGGGCAACCUGAAGGCCGUGCUGAAGGAAUAUGCCGAUGCAAUGCUUCCGAAGGACCAGAAUGGUCAGCCGCAGUGCCAAUGCAUCGUGUUCUCUGACGGCGGCCGCAUCCUGGGUUUGGGCGACCUUGGCGUUUGGGGCAUGGGCAUCCCCAUUGGGAAGCUGGACUUGUACACUGUGUGUGCUGGCUUCGAUCCCGCCAAGACGAUUCCAGUGAUGAUUGAUGUUGGAUGCAGCGACGCCAGCGGAAAUGCUGCAAAGCUUACGAUUCGCGAUCACAUCUUGUACCACGGCUUGAAGGACAAUCGCCAGAAACACACAUCGAAAGCAGGAACAGAGGUAAAUUCCGUGUACUAUGGGCCCGAUUCCUUCAUUGGAGAAUUCAUGAGUGCGGCCCGGGAGUUGUUCGGUCGCAACUGUCUUUUGCAAUUUGAGGACUUCAACUCCAAUGAUGCGUUCCCACUACUUGAGGAGUACAGAAACAAGUUCCUGACCUACAAUGAUGACAUUCAGGGUACAGCCUCCAUCAUUGUGGCAGCCGUCUUGGGUGGCAUCAAGCUUCAGAAGCCUGAGUGUACCACCCUUUUGAAGGAGCUGCAGGGAAUGAAGGUGCUCUUCCACGGUGCUGGCUCGGCGAACCUGGGUGGAGCACAGCUGCUGAGUGCAGAGGUCCACAUGCUGCCAGGAGCUGUGGUGGUAACCAACUCUCGAGGCGUCAUUUGGAAAUCGGAGGAUGGCAGCAACGGCACCUUCCGCAAUGAUGAACAGAAAGCCGUGGCACUCACCGGUGAGCCGAAAGGCUAUGACAAUACAGACUUGGUUUCGAUCAUCAAGCACCACAAGCCAGAUGUGCUCAUCGGUGCGGUGGGCAAGGCCCCCGGUUGCUUCACAGAGGAGGUGGUCAAGGCCAUGCUGGGCGUCCAAGCGGCCAAAGCAACGCCAGGGCGGCCCAUCAUCUUCGCGCUGUCCAAUCCCAUGAGUCAGGCAGAGAUCACAGCAGAGGACUGCUACAAGUUUUCGCAGGGCAAGGCGAUUUUCGGCUCCGGUACCCGCUUUCCGCCGGUGGAAGUGCAGGGGAGGACCCGAGUUCCCGGGCAGGUGAACAAUUUCUUCAUCUUCCCAGGGAUGUCCUUUGGCGCUGUGUGUUGCGAAGCCACCACCAUCACGGAUCACCUCUUCAUGGAAGCAGCAGAGGCUGUGGCCAACUCCCUGGAUAAGGUGGACAUUGAAGCGGAUUCCGUCCUGCCAAACACUGCUCGAAUCCGCGAGGUGGGUGAGAAUGUGGCGGCAACUGUGGUGCUGGCGUGUCAGAAGGCGGGACUGGCCCAGAAGGUGCUGGGCAGCAGCUAUGCAGAAGUUUCCGAGCAGUUGGCCACCAUGCGUUGGGAUCCGGAUGAGGCCCAUCACAUCCAGCUUGAUGAUCCUGCAGCCCCAUGCGCAGUGUGCGCUUUCGUCUGA